CGCGGGGCGGGGCAGGAAGCGGAAGUGACCGCAGAAGCGCGGCGGCGCGAUGGCGACGGCUGUAUGGGCGGCUGCGCGGCUGCUUCGGGGCUCUGCGGCUCGGUGCGCGCGGCCCAGGUUUGGACCUCCUGCACACAGACAGUUCAGCAGUGGUGCCCCAUACCCCAACAUCCCCCUCUCUUCUCCUUUACCUGGAGUGCCCAAGCCUGUCUUUGCUACAGUUGAUGGACAGGAAAAGUUUGAAACCAAAAUUACCACGCUGGACAAUGGGCUUCGUGUGGCAUCUCAAAAUAAGUUUGGACAAUUCUGUACCGUAGGAAUUCUUAUUAAUUCAGGAUCACGAUAUGAAGCGAAGUAUCUUAGUGGAAUUGCCCAUUUUUUGGAAAAAUUGGCAUUUUCGUCUACUGCUCGAUUUGACAGCAAAGAUGAAAUUCUGCUUACCCUGGAAAAACAUGGCGGUAUCUGUGACUGCCAGACCUCAAGAGACACCACCAUGUAUGCUGUGUCUGCAGACAGCAAAGGCUUGGACACUGUGGUGGGCCUGUUGGCUGACGUGGUUCUGCACCCCUGCCUGACAGAUGAAGAAAUUGAGAUGACGAGGAUGGCUGUCCAGUUUGAACUUGAGGACCUGAACAUGAGACCUGACCCAGAGCCACUGCUCACCGAGAUGAUUCAUGAAGCUGCUUUUAGGGAGAACACAGUGGGCCUGCACCGGUUUUGCCCUGCAGAAAACAUAGCGAAGAUUGAUCGAGAAGUGCUGCAUUCCUACCUGAAGAACUAUUACACCCCCGACCGCAUGGUGCUUGCUGGAGUGGGAGUGGAGCAUGAGCACCUGGUAGAAUGUGCCAGAAAGUACCUCCUGGGAGUUCAGCCUGCCUGGGGAGCUCCUGGAGCUGUGGAUGUUGACAGAUCAGUGGCACAGUACACUGGGGGGAUUGUCAAGGUGGAGAGAGACAUGUCCAAUGUCAGCCUUGGUCCAACCCCAAUUCCUGAGCUCACACACAUCAUGGUGGGACUAGAGAGCUGUUCCUUCCUGGAGGAGGACUUCAUCCCCUUUGCCGUGCUGAAUAUGAUGAUGGGAGGAGGGGGUUCCUUCUCUGCUGGAGGGCCUGGCAAAGGCAUGUUCUCCAGGCUCUACCUUAACGUGCUCAAUCGGCACCACUGGAUGUACAAUGCAACCUCCUACCACCACAGCUAUGAAGACACAGGCCUCCUGUGCAUUCAUGCCAGCGCAGACCCAAGACAGGUUCGAGAAAUGGUGGAAAUCAUCACAAAGGAGUUUAUCCUGAUGGGCAGAACAGUGGAUUUGGUGGAACUAGAGCGGGCCAAGACGCAGCUGAUGUCGAUGCUCAUGAUGAACCUGGAGUCCAGGCCUGUGAUCUUCGAGGAUGUGGGGAGACAGGUGUUGGCUACACAUUCAAGAAAGUUGCCCCAUGAGCUAUGCGCACUUAUUCGCAAUGUGAAGCCAGAAGAUAUCAAGAGAGUUGCUUCCAAGAUGCUCCGUGGGAAGCCUGCUGUGGCUGCCCUGGGUGAUUUGACUGACCUACCCACCUAUGAGCAUAUCCAGGCAGCGCUGUCCAGCAGAGAUGGGCGCCUGCCCAGGACAUACCGACUCUUCCGGUAGAGUCCCUGCGGGGCCCUUGAGGGCAGGCUGCGGAGUGCUGUGCAUGUUAUUGUUGGUGUGGACACUGUAAGGACGGCUGGCUCUGUGAGCACUGCCAACAGUGAGACUUGGAGAGCCUAAAUGAAAGCUACUGUCGCCACUGCACCUGUGUCUCUAGUACAAGUGUUCUUUACUAAGGAGUGCCCGUCUGGCCACUAGAGAUUCUAGAACCAGGAAGGCUGGGGAGUAGGGCGCAGGCUUGAGGUCGGAUCAGAGAUAAAGCAUUGCAGCCUAAAGCGUACAGGGUCUCACAGCAGAGUCCUGACUGGCCUGGACCUCAGUAUGUAGACACCAAGCUGGCCUCCAUUAUCCUGGGAAUCCAAAUAGGAGUCACCAUGCCAGUUGAGCCUCCCAGUUAUUUACAGAGCCCCAUUUCUAGUUUCCCACCUCAUCUGCACUGGCUUCAAUGUUUAACUGACAUUCCCUGGGUAAACUAAUGGCUGUCUAAAUGUAAAUGGUCAUCACUGCACUUUGCCCCCAUCCCAAGACUUGAUGUUGUUCAUCUUGGGUCAAACCUGGGAUGUUCAGGAUUACCUCAGUCCUUUUAAAGGGCCAGAGAAUGUCCACAAAAAAGCAUCAAAGGCGGUGGUGGUGCACACCUUUAAUCCUAGCAGGAGGCAGAGGCAGAGAGAUCUCUGUGAGCUAGAGUCAGCCUGGUCUACAGAGUGAGUUCCAGGGCAGUCAAGUGUACCCAGAGAAGCUUUGCCUUGAAUGCUGCCCCUCCCCCCACCCCCCAA